UUAUCAUUAUCAAUGAUUGAAACUCACUUUUCGACUCCGAGCGCUGAUAAUCUUAGUACUUGACACCGAGUAGGUACUAUCCUAAUUCGUGAUCGUUGGGCAACCAUAUUAUACUAUCUUAAAUCGUGCUAAAUUACGUAUUUUCUCUAUUGCAACAAUUCGCAAUUCGUUUAUUCCAAGUCUGGAACAAUUUUGCUGAAAUACCUACUUGUUUAAAAUUUUUGCUGUACGUUUGUUUACCCAAGUUACGGAAACGUUUACUGCCGCCGUUUUUGAGGCCUUCGUCAUCCCAUUUGGCCAAUUCACACAGUGUCAUUCCACUGGUAAAUUCCAAUUAAAGUACCUAUUGCCUUUGCCACUAUCCAAACCCUGAAUACUAAAUUAAAAUAAUCAAUUGUUAUUAUUAAUCGUGAAUCAUGGGACGCAAGAAAAUUAAUAUAUCCAAAAUAGUGGACGAAAAAAACCGUCAUGUUACAUUUAACAAACGCAAAUCUGGCCUCAUGAAGAAAGCUUACGAGUUGAGCAUAUUAUGUGAUUGUGAAAUAGCAAUCAUAAUGUUCGACAAGUCCAACAAGUUGUACGAGUACGUUAGUACAGACAUGGACCAAAUGUUACUUAAGUAUACUGAAUAUAGUGAUGAACCACAUGAAACAAUAACAAAUACUGAUAUGAUUGCUAGCUUAAAUAACAGAGGUGGAAGUUCUAAAGAUGUUGAUGUGUGUGUUAUUGAUAGGACAAAUGCAAUAAAACAACACAAACAAUUUAAAGUAGUGCCCACUCCUAGAAUUAAACUUAAAAACAACGAUAUUUCUGAUGAGGAAUUCAGAAUGUUUAUGACACAAGGAGAGCGGAUAAUGGGUGAUAAUGAUAAUGGUAGUAAUGGCCUUGAAUGUAAAUUAAUUCCUGACAUUUCUGGCAUUCCUCCUCACAAACUUCCGGAAGCUUUAGGAAAAAUACAAAAGAGUAACUCUAUUGAAAAUGCUAAACGAAUUACUUCUAGUGACUCCGAUACGAGCGAUGACAAAUUAAAAAUAGACAGUGGUGCUGAUGAUGAUUUUGAUGACAUAGAUGACAGCUUACAUAAGAAUUAUAUCAAAAGCUAUAUUUCUCCAACCACCUCACGACAACAGACUCCACCUGAUAACCCUACAAUGAUUAAAAUUUUAGCUGAUGAUGAAAUUAAAGUCGUAAAAAUGUAUGAUGACAUUGAUGUCGAAAAAGUCAAAGAUGACAACUAUCUUCCUGAGGAAAUGAGAAGAUCUAAAAGUCCAAAAGCUACAAAACCUCAAUUAAUGACAAAUGUUUUAAAAGCACAAUUACCGUCAAGUUCGGACUUAAUUCAAAAUAAAUCUCCGAAAAAUCAAUCUGUAGAUAUAGGGUACCACCCAUAUAUUGAAAGGAAAAUUAUAAGAAUACCACUACAAAAAUCUUUAAAGAUUCGAAGUAAAAUACCACACAAUGGACAGAAAUGAAGAGUAAUGCAGAAUUACAACAACGUUUAGAGGUAAAAAAAUAAUUGUUGAUGUUUCCUAAUAAUAAAAUCAACAGUUCCAUUAUUCUUAGAAUCAAGUGUAAAUUUGAAAAUUAAAACAUUCCAAAUUGUAUUACUUUUAUAUUUUUAUAUGUACAGUAUGAUAUUUGUAUAUUAAGACUAAAUACAAGGCAUUAACGAGUUAAAAAAUUAAUUUAAUAUUAACUUUUUAACUUAACUAAUUACUUUUGGCUUUUCAUUAAAUUAACUGUUAACUUACUAAAUUUAUUUUUUAAUUAUAAAUACAUUUUAAGAAGUAAGUUAAGGGUGCCAGUUUUUCAAAUUUUCCGCCAUUCUAUAAAAUUUGAAAAUUAAAUUUUAUAUUUUAGUUGUCACCUCAAAUAUAUGACUUUUCCACUAAUCUACUACCCGAUACCUAUUUAAGGGCAGGGGGGUCUAUGGGGUGUAUUAUAUUUGAAAAAAUUACUUCACGGGAAUAACUCUCAGGCUUUAUAGAAUUGUUGGAUUUUGAUGACUAUUUUUUUAUCUGAAAGAAAAGACUUCCAACAGCCCGCAUCAAUCUCUUAUUUUGUAUUUUAUUUCAAAUAAUUGUAAUAAAAAAUUUGUAAAAAAAGAUUUUUAUCUUGUAAUUUUUUAGAUAUAUUAUAAAGUUUCAGGAUAAAAUAUUGAAAAACAGAAAUCGAUGUGGGCUGAAGAAUAUUUCCCUCUAGCAAUUAAAAAAAAAUAUGAAAUUUGGUUGAUCUACAAGGUGGUAUUGUUAUUUCCCCAGAGUGUAUUUUGAGGAUAAAAUGUCAUCGGCACCGGGCGCCUUAAGUUAAUUUAUUUUAUUUUUAAUUUACUUAUAUUUCACUAUUUCGUCUAUUUUGUUUUUAUGUCUAAAAAUAUUUACUGUGAAUUGUUUAAAGUUAAACAUGUUUAUCAUUCAAAUCUAACUUAUAUAGCAAUACAGUAUAAAGUAUAAACACUUUAGUCUAUAAUUUAUUUUUGGGUUGGAAGAAAUUAAGUACGCUAGCGUUGUAUAAACAAAUUAACUUUUUUUUAAGUUAAUAAAAAGUGUGUAUUAACUUUUAACUUAACUGAGUUAACCUAUAGUUAAAUUAAUUUUUAACUUUUUGUUAUUGGUGCAUACUAACGUAUCUGAGUUAAACAAAAACCAUUCACUUGCCCAGCCUUGACUAAAUAUGACUAAAUAUGUAGCAGUUCAAAUCCUUUGUUCAAACUUUGUAUCUGUAAAAAUAUAAUCAUUUUAAUAUUAAUCUUCAAUUAAACAUAAACAAAUAUUUGGUUGAAUGUUGUAUAUGCCAAAUGUUUCUUUCCAGUCUAGAUAUUAUGUUAUUGAAUAGUUUUAAGAACAUAAAGUGUAUGUAUCACUUUUGAAAAAAAAUAAUGAUUUGUAUGUAUUAUAAUAUUUUAAACUGGUUUUUAGCUUUUGUUCCUUAGUUUUUAUAACUAAAGGGUGGGCGGGAAUAACGUGCUAUGCAGCAAUUCGUAAAUUUUCAGGAACAACUAAAAACGAAAAAUGUAUUAUAAAUUUUUUUUAAUGUUAUUUGGAACGCACGUAGCACGUUCUUACAUAUUCGACUAUAACACUCUACCAUUAUUUUAUUUUUUUGUGUAGGUACUGAAUUCAUUUCACUUAAACAAAAUUAUUCCAUAAAGAUUAAUAUUAAGAAAACAUGGUAUUUUAUUACUAAAAAUCACAUUAUUUUUUUUUAAUCUUGCAUUAGCUAUAACAUAUUUCCAUUGUGACGGUACAAAAACUUUUGCUGUUAUACCAUUUUUACUAACCACGGUUGAAGGUGUUUUAGCUGGUACAAGUUUUUUACUCUGAGAUGUAUAUUCUUUCCCACUAUUUCGAAGAGUUUUGUUUUUUACAUUUUUCCAAUCUGCCAUAUUGAUUUUCCGUUUUCGUCCAUCACUUAGACGGUUAACAUCACUACUAGAUAAAUUAUUUAGACUUGUCAUAGUUAAAGGUAACACAAUCGUGAUAUCCGCAAGUCUCGCAUCAUGUCGACUUACUGAGAAUAACGUAGUAAACGCUUAACGCACAUAGCACGUUUUAAUAGUCAACUAAUUGCCGGUUUCUAAGUUUAAAAACAAUGAUUGUGUACGAUAAAAACAUUCUGGGAAUUUUUCGAUUCUUAAAAUAUGUCAAGAUUGCUUCAUAGCACGUUAUUCCGCAAAAACAUGAAAAUUGAAAAAAUUUUACAUAGCACGUUAUUUCCGCCCACCCUUCUACUGUCAAUUUAUCUAUUAUAAUGCAUGCUAUGUUUUAGUAUUAUUAAUUAAUGUAAUUUAUCAUUUAAAAAUAUUUUUACGUUAUUGUUUAGAUCCUUUAGUUAAAUAUCUGGUUAAAUAAAUGUA